AUGCUUCUGCAGCGGAACCACUUUAACAUACCGCUGAAGGUGCGAUUCGCUCUCAGCUCAUCCUCAGUGUUCUCGCGGACCGACACAACCACAGACUCCGAGACGUUUUACCAUAGCCUUCUAGACCUCUUAGAAGACCCUGAGGAAUCCCAGGAAGUUGACGAGCUGCUGACCUGGUGGAAUCGUCAAAUUUUUCCUGCUUCCUCUGCUGCCAGAAGACCUAUCAGCGCCAACAGCGCCUUAUCCAAGAUCCGACAAAGGCGCAUUGCCCUCAAACGAGCUGCAGUUUUGGAUAACAUUCAUUCGUAG